UUCACUUUCAGUUUGUCGUGAGCAUUUGAACUCGGAGCAGCGCCCCCAGAGCCCACAGCGGGACGCAGUUGUGCCCAAAUUUUUGUGGCAAUCGUGCGUGCAGGCAAUAGAAAAGCCAGAAAAGAAAAAAAUAGCCACAGAAAGGAAAGCAGAGAAAAGCUGAGAAAAACGUUCCAAAGAAGCUACAAGCUGAAAAAGAGAAAAAUGUACAAGAAAUGUUUUUUUAAAUAGUGUGGAGGCGAGUGUGGUGCGGCUAACGGAACGACGAAGCAAGUGUAAGAGGCGACAAGUGUAAAAUUGCUGCUGCACAACGAAACUUAGAUAGAGUACACAAAUAGGAAACAUUUCAUAUCCCCACGGCGAACAAUAAAACAAGAGCCAGCAGCAGCAGCAGAAGGAGGAGCAGCAGAAGCAGAGGAAGCAGACGGAGAAGCAGUGGAAGCAGAAGCAACAAAAACUACAAUAAGAGCAAAAAUGACAGCAAUAAGUUUAAGCAAUAAAACACUGCUUGGCAAGCAGUUCAAAAAUGCACGCAUCACACAAUAAGCAGGCCUCAAGGAUAAGCAAGAAGAAAAGCAAAAGCAAAAGCAGAAGCAAGAGCAAAGGUGAGGCAGAAGCCGAAGCCGACGAAGAGCUGGACAACAGAAAAAAAAGCUUUAAUUUAGGAGUUAAUCAUAUAUAGAAACAGAGAGAGAACGAGAGAGAGAGAGAGAGUGAAGUCCCCCCGCUCUCCCAGCCCCCGCCACCAACCCGCACAAACUCAACUGCCAACAAAAAAAUAGGAGAAGGUAGAUAGGACCCUGAAAAAGGACAACAGUACAGGACGAUUAAGAGCAGAGUGCAAAGGAAAGGGAAGGGACAUAGUGAGAGAUAGCCCGCGAGAGCCACCCACUUUUGCACGACAACCGGGACACUGAAACAUUCCACCCAAUAGCAUGGCCUCGGUCGCCGCUUGGCUUCCCUUUGCACGGGCGGCGGCCAUCGGUUGGGUGCCGAUAGCCUCCCUUCCACUGCCACCGCCCCCCGUGCCCAAGGACCGACGCAAGACGGACGACGAGAAGCUGCUGAUCAACGUAUCCGGCCGCCGCUUCGAGACCUGGAGGAACACCCUCGAGAAGUACCCGGACACGCUCCUCGGCUCCAAUGAGCGGGAGUUCUUCUAUGACGAGGACUGUAAAGAGUACUUCUUCGACCGGGAUCCGGACAUAUUCCGCCACAUACUCAACUACUACCGGACGGGCAAGCUGCAUUAUCCAAAACACGAAUGCCUCACCAGCUAUGACGAGGAGCUGGCCUUCUUCGGCAUCAUGCCGGACGUGAUUGGUGACUGCUGCUACGAGGACUAUCGGGACCGGAAGCGAGAGAAUGCCGAGCGCCUCAUGGACGACAAACUGUCGGAGAACGGGGAUCAGAACCUGCAGCAGCUGACCAACAUACGGCAAAAGAUGUGGCGUGCCUUCGAGAAUCCGCACACGUCGACCAGCGCCCUGGUCUUCUACUACGUUACCGGCUUCUUCAUCGCCGUCUCCGUGAUGGCCAACGUGGUGGAGACGGUGCCGUGCGGACACAGGCCGGGCCGGGCUGGCACACUGCCGUGCGGCGAGCGCUACAAGAUCGUCUUCUUCUGCCUGGACACCGCCUGCGUAAUGAUCUUCAGCGCCGAGUAUCUGCUGCGGCUCUUCGCCGCACCCGAUCGCUGCAAGUUCGUGCGCUCCGUGAUGAGCAUCAUCGACGUGGUGGCCAUCCUGCCCUACUAUAUCGGUCUGGGCAUCACAGACAACGACGACGUCAGCGGUGCCUUCGUCACGCUGCGAGUUUUUCGCGUCUUCCGCAUCUUCAAGUUCUCCCGCCACUCGCAGGGUCUCCGCAUCCUCGGCUACACGCUCAAGUCGUGCGCCAGCGAGCUGGGCUUCCUCGUCUUCUCGCUGGCCAUGGCCAUCAUUAUCUUUGCCACCGUCAUGUUCUAUGCCGAGAAGAAUGUGAACGGCACAAACUUCACAUCGAUUCCGGCGGCCUUCUGGUACACCAUAGUCACGAUGACGACGCUCGGCUAUGGCGACAUGGUGCCGGAGACAAUAGCUGGCAAAAUAGUGGGCGGCGUCUGCUCACUCAGCGGUGUGCUGGUCAUCGCCUUACCUGUACCUGUUAUCGUAUCGAACUUUAGUAGAAUCUAUCACCAGAAUCAGCGGUCGGACAAGCGCAAGGCACAGCGGAAAGCUCGCCUGGCGCGCAUCCGCAUUGCCAAGGCCUCGUCGGGAGCUGCCUUUGUCAACAAGAAGAAGGCCGCCGAGGCCAGAUGGGCGGCCCAGGAGUCGGGCAUUGAGCUGGAUGACAACUAUAGGGAUGAGGAUAUCUUUGAGCUGCAGCACCACCAUUUGUUGAGAUGUCUGGAGAAGACAACGGAUCGAGAAUUUGUCGAGUUAGAUAUACCCUAUAACGGACAGCCGAAACGGCCGGGCUCGCCCUCGCCGAUGGCCAGUCCCGCCCACUCGACGCACAGUGCUGCCGGCCUGCUGCAGUCCUGCUGCGGUCGCUGUUGCUCCCAGCGCUACCAGGCCUGCGGCAAGUAUAUGCCAGCUGCCAGCAAUGCUCAAAACAGCCAAAACAAUCAGCCCAUGGAUGGCACCUACCUGGUGGAGGCCUCGUUCUGAGCCAGCAUACGGCCAAUCCUCAGCAUCAGCAUAAGCAUCAGCAUCUGCCGCAGUCCCAAUCGCAUCCGCAUUCGCAUCCGCAUCCGCAUUCACAUCCAAAUCCAAAUCAAGAUCAAGUUGAUUUAUGUUUAGUCUAACUUGAAAAGUUUUUAAACUAAAUUGAAAUUGAAUUCGUUUGUAGACAUUGUCCUGUAUGUGUGUGUGUGUGUAGUCGCCAAAAAGAUAAAGACAAAGACAAAGACAAAGACAAAGAAAGACAAACCCAACUAAAACUAAAAUCGAAACACAAGUGUAAUCUCUAAAAUCUGAUUUUCGAGUUUAACGAAUGGGAAUGAUAUUUAAUUAACGAUAAACAUUUGCGGAUUCAAGUGCAAACAUCUCUCAAUGUGUAAAAUGUAAAAAAGCACAUUAAAAACCAAAUAAAAAAUAGCAAAUAAAAUAAAAGUGCCGACCGAACCCAGUUUCUGAAGGCGGCGCAGUCGGAUUUGAUUAGCGAAGACCCGUUAAUAAAAUAGAUAAACCGUAUAAGAAUUAUAAUAAUAAUAAUAAUAAUAUAUGCAACACUAUUUACUUUAUAUAGGUGACAAGACAACAGCAAAAAGAAACAACAGAAACCGAAGCAUUUUAGAGGAAUUUACCGUGUAUGUUUUAAUAAAGUGAACAUAAAUAAUAGCAUAGAACUGCAAAAAUAGUUGGACGAAAGUACUAGAAUACCCAGGGGAUUGGAUACAAAACGGAGUUCAAAUACCUGUGGAGGAAUGAGGGCGGGGGGAGGAAACUCAAGCAAGUUGCAUGGGGUCCAACAACAAAAGACAAAAAAAAGAACACAAUAAACAGAUUUUAACAGCCAAUGAUUUGUGUAGCAAAGGAAACGAAUAACAUAUAGACGACAGAAUAUAACGAAAGUACGAAAGAAAGCAAAGUAGGAACAAAAACCAAGGAGGAAACUAUACAAAUAUUAUUAAAAAAUUCGUGUUUUUUUUUUUAAAUGGUCCGUAGUUUAGUAGGUAUGAUCUUCAUCGGCUGUCCCCUAUAUGGUUUAUCAUCAGCAAACUUAAACUCAACUCCACUUAAAUAUGUACACCCUUCCGUUUCACCGUUUCGUGUGAUUUUCCCCAUCUGCGAGUAUAUAGCUAAAAGGUUUCAGUUUCUCAUCUCUCUUAAUGAUAAUGUCAUAAAUGAACUAAUCAAAAUUUAUUGAAAUUACACAAUGAAUAAAGAACUUUCUUCCAAGAACUAAGUUAGCAAAGGAAACCCCUAUUUAAAUGUAUAUGUACGUGUACGUGUGUGUGUAGGACAGGCUUUAAAGAAUUGGAGCAUUAACUAACUAAAUGAACUCUUAGCAAAUUCUAACAGAAACUCAAAGUAUAUUAAUGAAUUCUAAAUUACAAAUCAAACAUUUAAAAUUAGUUCAAGUAAACAACUUACAAAAACAAAAAACAUAAACAUAAAUAUGGAGCUUGUAUGUAUGUAUGAUAAAUUUAUUAUGAUUACUCUAAUUAUGAAGAUUUUGACUAUGGUUGAUGGUUGAUGGUGUUCACCAUUUUUGUUCUUCGAACUCUCUAAGUUGCCCGCUAAUUUCUUAAAUGCAUAGGAAUCUUUUAAAAAAAAACUCCAAAGAAAAAACGAACUUUUGUUUAGCAAUUAUCGAAAUUGUGCAGAAAAACCAAACACACACACAAGAACGAACGAUUACGAUUAGUCGAAAACUAAAAAAAACAACAACACACACAUUUGGUGUUUGGUUACUAAAACCAACUCUCGUAGCGAUAUUCUAAAAGAAAACCAAUCUAUUAAGUAAACGAAAACGAAAACGGAGAGGAGAGCAGAGGAGAAAAUCAAUAGGAAGAAAUCAUUUCUGUUUUUGAUUUUUAGUGAUUUAGUGAUAUGUAAUUCGAUAAAAAAAAAACCAAGAACAAAUAUUCUGCCAUGGGUCUCCGAGAAUGGAAAAGCUAAAAAUUAAUAAUAAAAUAAAUAAAGAAAUCUGUUUACUUCCACCAAACAAAGCGAA